AUGUGGGCCCUAGAGAAUACGAUACGAAAUUGUCUUUGCUUGCUGAAAUCAGUCAAUACAGACGCGGCUCAAAAAGUCAAAAAAUACAUUUCCUGUAAUUGCGGAAGUCCUCGCGCGCUGCUCAUGGAAUUUUUAGGCCUCGGGCUGGGAACGAAGGACAACUUGAACAUGGCGGGUUUAAAUCAAAAUCCGACCGCUCUUUGUCGAAUAUUUAGAACUAUAAAUGUUUUAGGACUUUCUUUUACGUCUGUCCGUAGUGUUGCUGAUGGUGUAUUUCGUUUCGUGACUGGUGAACGUGUUGAGAGUCCCAACCCAGAUCGUGCCAACGCCAUGGAACUGGAUGAUGCUAUGAAUUUUGAAAAUUUUUCAACAUGUAUUGACAAUAUGAACUUUAUGUACCCAGAAAUAUUUUCUGGUGUCGAUUCAUUCACCAGUUUCAACGAAUUUUGCGUGAAAGAGGAUUUAUCGUAUAGCGCUGUGUUUGUUUCCGAGCGAGACACAUGUCGUUUUUGCAAUGGAAAGCUUGCCACCAAUCCUGUCGGUAAAGAGGUGAUUGUUUAUCACAUGACACGAGGCACUUAUGUAGGUUCUCGUUUUACGAAGAACUGUCGAAAGUGUAAAGUUCAAGAGCACUAUGGUUUUUAUAAUUAUGGUGGGAAGAGGAUGUUUAACAGGGAUUGCUUAUCGAAAGAAUUCCUUUUAUCUACGGAGGAAACAGCAAUCGAUUUAAAUCUUGUGCGAUAUCUUGAAGAAGAAAUCGUCCAUGGUGCCUUGCCCUUUCAGGCAAAGGCAAAUGUUUACAACAGUGUUCACGGUUAUUCCAAAUAUGAAAAAUGCAGUGAUAAGUCUGAUUGUGAUGAAGAUGAAAGGUCAUGUGAUCCUAAAAGAAAAAGGUAAAAGCAUAUGCUUGUUCCUCAUCAACCUGUAUAUAAAUAUGUCAUUUAUAUUUAUUAUAUAAACGUGAAGGGUGAAACCUUUCACAUUUAAAAAGGGAUUUGUCUCUAACACUCAUACAAGCAGUUGGAAGAUGAAAUUAAGUCAUGGUGAAGACAUUUAACUCAUUCAACAACAUUGAAUGAGUUAAGUUAGUACUGCUUCAUUAUAUAGCAAGUGUCAAAGUUCAAUUUUCCUGUUUGUCAAUUGGGCAGACUACAUCACAUAUCUUUCCACAAAACCUGAUGUUUGGCAACGGGUCAACAACGGAACAAUUGUUGACCGGUCAACAAUAAAACAAUGGUCGAUUUGCAAGUCGUUCAGAAGAAGAUAAUCUAUUAUUAAGAGAUAAAAUGGCAUACCGGUACCAGAUGAAUUUAUGAUACUUUGAUACUUGGUAUAUGUUGACUUGUUUACUGAGAUCUCGGGAAAACAGCAUGCUUCGUGAUUGCUCGAGUCGACAACCAUUGUGUAAAUUUAAUAAAACAAAUAAUGAGGAUAACAUUUUUCAAGCUUGCCCAGUGUGGAUAGACACUGAGGGUAACAUCACAAACAUCAACUUUCUACUUUGUCAAGCAAACAAUCCAACAUCAAGUUUUACUUAAACCCACGUACAGGUAUUGUACCAGGUGGAUGCGGUUCAAAUAAGUCAGAUAGGACAAUCGAUAAUUUUUUUACACAGCAAGAAAAUGCAAGCUUUUACACAUAUCCGAUAAUGCCAUUUUUGUAUUAUUUGAAGCGAAAAUGACCAAAUAGAAGCCAGUUGAAAAUUACAGGUUGAAAUUACAUAUUUCCACCUAUGCAUUAUUAAAUUAAAGCAGUGCAGAACAGAAACCAGUGAAUGUAUAAUGUUCAUGGCAAACAAUAGCCUUAAGAAGUGAUGACAUGUUAGUACUUUUUAAAUUAAAAUUCUUGAAUUUUAAAUCCAAUUGGCAUUUACUUUCAAAAACGUGUCACCAAAUUCCCAACAGUGGAAAAAUGCAAUUUUCACUGGCAAUUUUUAUUCAAUUUCUAUUUAUAAUGAUACAAAAAAGGUAUAUUUGGACAGCUAAAAGCCUUAUUUUUUUAUGUGUAAACAUUUUAUGGAUAAAAUUUCACUUUAUGUUUCUAGUAACAUUUUUUGUUAUUAAUAUAGUCACUGACUUUAUGUGUAAAUUAUCAUUUGUUAAAGUAUUAUUUUUAUUAUUAUCAUUAUUAGGCUAUUACUGUCAAUGCACUCAUAUUGGCCCAUACAGGGAUUUUAUUAGUGUUUUUUCUUUGUGACUGGUUGUUCAAAUGUACAUUAGCACUAACCCUGGGUUAAAUUUUAUCCUGCUAUAUUUUUGGGUUAUGUAUGGUUCAAAUAUUUAGAAAAUAUGGCUUAGUUCUACUGAUCAAGAAAACGUAUGUGGAAAAGAAUAUUCCGCCUUAUAAACAAGCUGUUUGGCUGACUGGCUUUUUAACUGCCGGCGUAGAUGUUUAACAUCAACACAAUUUUAUUUGCCUGUGCCAGUCUCCUGUAAGCAGAGGUGUAACUUAAGACUAGCCCGCUUGCCCGGAGCAAGUGAAUAUCAUGACGGACAAGUAAAUGUUUUAUCUUGCUUGCCCGAUUGGGUAAGAUGCCUUCAGUUGCCACAAAAAGCUGGGCAUCUUUAAAGGUGCUCUACAGUCCGUAUGUAAACAAAGCCUUUGUUUACAUUUUUGUGUCCAAAUAUUGAGCUUUAUUCAACAACUAGCUUUAUUCAACAAGCUUUAAGUAUAUGUUUUCAUUGUCGGAUAAAUUUUUUAUAGUGCAUGUACUUGAUUAAAAUUUUGUUUUUUUGUGGGGGAAAGGUAGAUCUGAGGCAGUCUAACAUAGCCAUAUAUAGAGCAGUGGAAGAACGGGUCUACAUGUUGUCCCCAUUAUACCCCCUACCUAGGUACCCCAGCACUUGGCCAUUGUCUGAUGGGAAGUGAAUUUUAUUCAGGGCAACUAAUUUUCAUGUCCUACUUGCCCUCUCCGGGCAAGCGGUCAAAAAAAUUACGCCACUGCCUGUAAGAUAAUGGGUCAACAAAACCAUCUGCCAGUGUUUAUCUCAAUGGUCAAGAUACAUCAUAAUUUGAUAUUAUACUUUGUGUAAUGCUAGACAAUUUUAAUUGUCAGUAAAUAGGGUACUGCCAGUUAUUUAAAAAACAUAGUAUUAAUGGGUUAACAUAACAUUUAUUUUUAUUAUUCUUAUUGUUAAAACAACAUGAUUUAGUUCAAUAAAUCACUGGCCAUAUCAGUAUAAAUCACCUAAACUUACUGUGAUUGUCUGGAGAGACAUCUGGAGACAUUGUGAGGUAAUUGGUUAAUCCAAUGAGUCACACUGCACCCUGAUGUGCCCGACUUUAUUAUUUUACUUCAGAUGUCUAACACAAGGAGAGCGCUAGCACUUAAUGGGUUUAUAACUGGCCUAUCUGCUCAUGUGUCUAGUUAACCAAUUGAGUUGGAUAGUGUCCUUAUGCUCCCCACUUUAUUAUGUUAGUCGGUCUAACAGCAGACAAUUUUACUCAAGAAGGGGAGAGUGCUGUUGCUUCAUGGAUUAAACUUUGAUUACAAUUAUUGCAUACUUUGUAUCCAUACAAUUAUAUUUAUAUUGUCUUAUUUAGGUUUAAAAGAAAUAUUGCUGGAAAAGAGAAGCUUUUGAGACGUAGAUGUCUUGAUAGGCGGCGUUUGGAAGAGGCAUUUUUGCUUUAUGCAGUUUUAAAAAUGCAUUUUGAAUAUGACCUGUGCAUGACCCAUGUUGACUUUGACCGCAACUUGCUGGUGGAGGGAGUGGUAGAAGUUUUCAGAGAGAGAUUUAUAGCGAAAUGGACUGGUAAUUACAGUCCUGAACUAUAUUUUGCAUGAGAAUUUUCAAUUUAGUGUUGGUAAUCAUGUAAUGGGGAGUAGAAUUAGCCUUUCUCACGAUGAUGAAUAUCCGCCAUUAUUAGGUACCAUCCAAUUCUCGUUAUCCAAUACAGACAAUUAAAACAAUGUGAAAAGCAAUUUUUCAAAAUAAACUAACCAUUUACAAAGCAAAUUCACCAUCAUUCAAAAAAUUAUAAAAAGUCGCUGUUAUGUGGACUUAUCUAGCACACUUAGCUGAAAUGCCACCCAAAAAUGGCGGUGUGAGAAAGGCUAAUUAGUGAUUAAUAGUACAAGUGAUGUUUGGAAAUUUUGUCAAAAAUUGGAAGAGACACCAGGGCGAGUCCAAUUUGACAAAUUUCCAAACAUCAAAAGUACUAUUAAUCCUUAAUUGUACCAACAGUCCAACAUAUUUCUAGAAAUGUGCAUGUAAGUGAUAUCACAUGGGUAGUUGGGUACACUAUAGAUAUCACAUCAGUACAGUACAGUACAUGGCAGUAAAUUUAUAUUUUGGGAUUUUGCCAGAAUGCAAAAUAUAUUUUGUAGAAAUAGAAUAAAAAAGUUGUGCACACAGUUACAUGGUGAAUAAUGAAUGAAUGGCAAGUCAAGUCAGUAAUUUCUUAUUAAACCGACAUUGCAGGCCAUCGAUGUAAAGUUAAGGGAUGUGGUAAUGUGUUAGUGUUGGAUGGUAAUAUGAAGAAUGCCCGUACAGUAUGUGCAUGUAAUAGUGUUGGAGAGCUACAAUUUGAUGGUAUUGGUGGUGUUGUUAUUGGUAAGUUUCAUCAAAGUGUUAUAUUAACCCAUUGAUUUGAGUGGCAGCACUCUCCCCCUGAUGAGUAAAAUCAUCUGGCUAUUUCAAUCUAAAUAUAUAUUUGUAUAAACAUGUUUUUAUAAUUUAGGUUGCCCCAAUACCCCAGGUAAAGGAGUGCGAUAUUGUGACACACAUGUUGGUCUUGCACGUACCUAUAUAGCAGAGGAAGAUUACAUCAAUGAAGUUGGGAAAAGGUCAUUGUCAACAGAUGAGGAUCUUGUUAUUCGGAGGAUUACUAAUAGCAAACUAACAAGACAAGGAAAUUUAUGCGAGGUAAUAUAUAAGGAAAUCAAUACUAUUUUGUCAGUUACUAAUUUUUGUCAGUGCCAUGCUACUUAAACAAAACUUUGGGCCCCGUUAGGAUUUUGGCCACAUUUCCAAAAUUCCCGCCCCCUCCAAAAAAAAUGGGCCACCUUGUGAUUGGGGGGUGUUACACCGGGUGUGCAUCAUCCUUGCCCAGUUGGCUGAAUGUAGCCACCCUUACAUUUAGAGUUGUCGCAUUAGUUGGAAUGUUACUGUACCUAUAAUCUUUUUCAUGUAAUUUUAAGCACAUGUGACAUUAUUUAAAAUAUAGCUAUCUGUAUACAUCUGGUUGUGUUAUACACAGGCCUGUCGCAAGCUGUUGAUUUUACCGGCUUGUGGCAAGUUGUCAACAAGUCGCGACAGGUCUGUUGGUUUCGUCAGGCGGUAACAGGCUUGCGGGAACAAGUCUGUCGCAAGCUGUUGACAACAGAGCCGUAGCGACUUGUUGAAACAACCCGCUACAAACCUGUUACUAACAAGAGAUAACAGGUCUGAUAGAACAACUUGCAGCAAGUCUGUUGAAAUCAACAGGUCUGUUACAACUUGUUCCAACAGACCUGUCGCGAGUUGUUUUUGUCAAGUCUGCAGCAAGCUUGUUAUCAGACCUGCGACAAACCUGUCCACAACAAAAAUUUUUUGUCCUGUCACAACAAGUUUCAACAAGCCUGUUGUUGGGAAACAAAUCGAAAAUGUGACUGCCUCAAACAAAGUCAAACAAGUUCAAAGCUGUUUUGAUCUUUGAAGAAACUGUGGCAAUAAGAUACAAGAUCUAGAGCUUAAGAAAUAAAAAAUACAUGAGCAACCGAGUGUUCACUGCAACGUUCUUCAUUGUUGAUAUGAAUAUGAAAUUCGUUAUAUAAUUUCUUUCCAAUUUCAAGUGAAAUCUGCGAGCGAGGAAGACGCCUUAUUGAAGCUUUGUGUUAUUGUAUGUACUAUUUUGAAGAAAAAUAUGCAAGUACAGUAGGUUGUCAUAUUUCGGUCGUACUUAAUAAAGACCAAUUAAUUUUGAAAACUGUUUACGAUAAGAACCUUUCUUGAAUUUGUCGUAUUUUUUCGGCUGUUUUGCUCAAAAAUUAUCUCGCAAGUUUGUUUAUAAGUGUUCAUAUGAUCUGGCUAUUUCACGAAACACUACAACCGAAAUAUGGCAACCUGUUUGGCCGUUUUUUGUUCAAAAUAGUGAAUACACAAGCUUCAUAAGAUGCUUUCCUCGGUUUGCAACAGGUCUGUCGCAAGUUGAAAACAGCAUUGCUGCAAUGCAGCUCUGUGUCAACAACUUGCGACAGGCCUGUUGAAAACAGCAUUGCUGCAGCUCUGUCACAACAGCUUCUAACAGACCUGUUGAAAACAGCAUUGCUGCAGCUCUGUCACAACAGCUUCUAACAGACCUGUUGAAAACAGCAGUGCUGCAGCUCUGUCACAACAGCUUCUAACAGACCUGUUGACAGGCCGUUGCGGACCUGUCAGAACAGACAGGUACAAGGCGAGCGAACGCAUCCAGAUAUCGGCUUGUUGACAACAGGAUUUAACAGAUCUGUUGCAGAUCUGUUCCGACUUGCGCGUUUCUGGCUGUGUAUAUUUUGUGUAUUGUUACACCAAGUAUUGUUUUGUUUAAAUUCCAUUAAUUUGUAUUUUAUACCCAGUAUUCAUGGAAAUUCGAAGUCUAUACAAUUUUGCCUUUGUGUGGUCAAGAGGUUUAAUGUUUUUCAUUGUUAACAUCGGCAUUUUAAGAAUAUGUUUUUGGAAGCUACGUUUUUCCAAUAUUAUAUUAAUUUUAUAAAACAAUACCUAAUAUUAUUUAGUUGGAUGUGAAAGAAAAAAUGGGCAUGACCGCAUGAGUGUAACAAAACAUAUUUGAUGAAGCAUGUACUAUGUUUGCCACCAUCUUGGUGGCCAGUAAUAUUUCAUUAUAUACCAAGUACCAACAUGGCAUCCAAAAAGCAAGUACUAAGUAUGGAACUAUGUAUUGUUUCAACCUUUAUAGUAAGGGAACAAAGUUGGUAUAAAAUAGAGGUUUUAAUGUUGUUGCAGGUUGAAUGGUCAAAUGGGAAGAUGUCAUGGGUAAAAGAAUGUGAUUUACCAUCAGGACUACAAGGCAAGCAUUGUAGAAACAUUGUUAAAGCUGUUGACAUGAUACAAUUUGGUAAAAAGAUACGAAUGUUGGUACCUAAUAAAUCAGGCGAAGAAGCAGAAGACAUAGUUGAAAAGUAAGUAUGAAAAUAGUUACUAUACUUAGUUAGGUGAAUUUGUUACAUAAUUAUAAAUUUAUGCUCCAUGUAAUGUAAGUGAAAUCGCAUCUAACUGGCUGGCUCAGGUUUUCAUAUAAACUAUUAAAACAUGCUUUCAAAGCAAAUUGGUGUAAAAUUGUUCCUCGCGUUAUGAAGGAAAUUAGGGUGAGUUUUCUGGGAUAUAAAUUACAUAGUCCCUUGUACAGCUAUUCAGUAGUUUUGGGGUGAUACUGUUGUUGGGAAGGGACUGACUCUUCCUCCUUGUCGCGGAGGAAAGGCGGAGCGGAUACUGCCAGUAGAUUGUGAUGUAUGGUGAUCCUUGUAUACACAGCUGAGUUUCUGUAUUAAUGGUAUAAAUUGGUUGCAGUGGCGCUUUUGAAAAGUAUUGUACAGUUUUGACUGGAAGGUCAAAAUUUUUGGAAGAAAAUGUACGAAAAAUUUAAGGCUUUAAUGUGUACUUCUGUUUGCAGUUCCGGCUUUGCAAUUGCAGACGAAGACGAUGAUGAAGUUGGGGAAACAGAAAAACGAAAGAUUUCGUGUGGAACAUUGAAAGAACAACAUAAGGCGAAAAACUUAAAAACAGCUGGUAAGUCUUCAUAUAGUGUUUUGACGUGAACAGCUCAAGUGAAUGGACCUAUUACCUAAUGAACAAAAUUUUGAUCUAAACAAAUCUAGACAAAAAUUUUAUCACGGCUUGAAAUGUAGUAAAUUAACUUUAAAUAUAACAGUAAUUAAACAAAAGUUGACAUUCAAAGAAAAUAUUUGUCAUCAUGUUGUGUUUUGUUAUACUAUAUUUUGGGCGAUAUUUUUCCAUCUUUCUUGCAUUAUAAAAUUGACAACAAAAACACUCGUACCUUUAUCAAGGUUCAAAGCAACGGAACAUAAGAACGAUAACGUUUUGGCCGCCGCUUUGAGACUGAGCUUUAGAGUUCCUUGGACUGAGCUUUGAAAUUGAUGUUUAGUACAUGAGUUUAUUGCUGAAAAUAAUAAUUAGCAAACGAAGAACGUGAGUGACAGAAUAAUAAAAUGCAUAGUAUAUGAAGCAUUUAUUUACAAUCGGCAGAGUUUUCAUAAUCUUUUAAAUUACAAGUAUUAAUGCACUAUACAUAGCAUCCCAUGUACUAUCAAUUGUAAAUCGGUUGGCUAAAGUCACUAAAUUGACAAUUCAGGAUGCUUGGCAUUUAUGUGGCCUUGUGGUGUUAUUGUUAACGUGGCUGAAAUGUUCAAAUGUGAGUCAAAAAGUCAAGUUUAUGGCCAUGUUCACAACACUUUGGAAAUGGAAAGUAUGGAAAGUGUUGGUAAGUGCUCUCUUCUCUUGUGCAUAAUUGUGAUACAGCUACAUGUACUUUAAGGGUGGCUCAAUACAGUUUUUAAAAAAAUGGAAAAUUCACGAUUUAGAUGAGUAUUUUUCGACAAUUAUUACUUGUUGAUAAACAAAAAUACCUUAAAACAACAUCUAAAGAGUUUGAAUUUUUGCACAAAAGUUAUGCAACUGCCGUCGCUAUGGCACGAAUGACGUUUCAAGAUGGCGGAUAUUUUGGCUAUAAAGUAAUUUAACUCUUAUCGGUGACCCCCAAAUUUUAUUUUAAGAAAAUGAUUUAUCUUAGUAUAAUAAAUUAUUUUGACAAUUUAAAAAAAUUCUGUGGAGGAAAAAAAAAUUAAUAUGAAUAAUCACAUUUACGUAAUUUAAAAAUUUCGGCUGCACAGAAUUUUUUUAAAAUUGUCAAAAUAAUUGAUUAUCCCAAGAGAAAUAAUUUUAUUAAAAUAGAAUUUGGGGGUCACCGAUGUCGUUUACGAGUUAAAUUUCUUUAAAGCCAAAAUAUCCGGCAUCUUGAAAUGUAAUUGUUGCCAUAGCAACGGCAGUUGCGUAAUUUUUGUGCAAAAAUUAAAACUGUUUUGAUCUUGUUUUAUAUAAGUAAGGUACUUUUUGUUGAUCAACAAGUAAUAAUUGUCCAAAAAUACGCAUCUAAAUUGUGAAUUUUUCAUUUUUUUAAAAAACUGCAUUGAGCCACUUUAAUAGACAACGUAUAUGACUGUGUGGUUAAAUUUUAAUAGGUACAAUAUGUUAUGAUGAUGCGUGUCAUCUUUUGCGAUAUGCCCAAAAUAGGAAAAGAAGGGAUAUUACCAACACGUCCAAACGAAUUAGUGGGUUAAACGUUGUUGUGGACAAGUUUCACUUCCGGAAUCACGUGGACAAGUGGUGUCAGUUGAAUUGUAAUCCAUAUAAAUGCGAGGAAUUAGAAGGGGUGAGUAUAAUCCAUCCUAUAAUCCUUUGGAAAAGAUUGUGGAAAGAGUAUAACGGUAGUUGA